CCAAUAAAGUGUCCGCGAUAACUGAGCGCAUCUGCUCGCCUCUGCGCCCGUCUCUCCCCUCGCCCUGGAUGUAAAAAGAGACCAACACCGACCUCGGACAUUAGAUGACAUUUGUUACGGAGGCGCCGCCAGAGGGGGACGGGACUGGAUCAUAACACAUUCAUAUGAGGCUGAUGUAUGUUCCCAGCGAGGAGACUGCAGUCCCCAGGAGCCACAUAGCACCUCUCCUCCACCUCCACCACCACCUCCUCUUCCGUUGUCCGGCGACAUGCCUUCUGAACCCAGCCUCAGCAGUAGGGAGAUGCUGACAGGACAGAGGCUCUGUCAGUCGAAGUCCCACCAGGACUCGGUCCUCGCUGCCCUCAACCAGCAGAGGAAGGACGGCUUGCUGUGCGACGUCACCCUGGUGGCCGGCGAGCAGAAGUUCCACGCCCACAAAGCCGUCCUGGCGGCGUGCAGCGAUUACUUCAGGGCGAUGUUCAGCUUGUGCAUGGUGGAGAGUGAGGCAGACGAGGUGACUCUGCAAGGGGUGACCGGCGUUGGACUGAAGCACGCUUUGGACUUCGCCUACACCGGGCAGAUCCUGCUGGAGCCAGCGGUGAUCCAGGACGUCCUGUCUGCAGGCAGCCACCUUCAGCUGCUGGAGCUCCUCAGUCUCUGCUCCCACUACCUCAUCCAGGAACUGAGCAGCGUGAACUACCUGGAGCUGUACCGCGUGGCCGACCUGUUCCACCUCCCCGCCCUGGAGGAGGCUGUGGUGGGCUUCCUGGUGGAGCAUCUGUCUGAGCUGAGCCAGAGCCGGCAGGACGAGGCCCUGCAGCUGCCCUACCGCCUCCUCAGGGAGGUGCUGAAGAGCGACCGCCUCACCUCACUGAGCGAGGAGGAGAUAUGGAAGUUGGUCGUUCUGUGGCUGGACCACGACUGCCGCCACCAGUACGCCGAUGAUCUGCUCCAACACGUCCGCUACGGCCUGAUGGACGUCCCCACGCUGCACCAUCUCGCCCGCAGCCACUCUCUGGUCCAGUCCAGCCCGACUGCCGCGGCCCUCGUGGAGGAGGCCCUGGACUACCACCGCGCCACCUUCGCCCAGCCCCUCCGCCAGUCAGCCCGCACCAGGCCUCGCUUCCAGUCCCUCACCCUCUACAUAGCCGGCGGGCGCAAGCGGGAGGUGAGCAGGGUCAGGGAGCUGCGCUACUUCGACCCGGCCGCGCAGGAGCACGUGCGUGUCGCCGGCGGGUCGAACUGGAGCGAGCUGGCGCCCAUGCCCACCGGGCGCAGCCACCACUGCGUGGCCGUGAUGGGGAACUUCCUGUUUGUCGUGGGCGGGGAGGUGGAGCACGCCACCGGGAGGACGUGUGCCGUGAGGACUGCUUGUCGGUACGACUCCAGGGGAAACUGCUGGACCGAGAUCGCCCCCAUGAAGGCCUGCAGAGAACACUUUGUCCUGGGCGUGCUGGGCCAGUACCUGUACGCAGUGGGGGGCAGGAACGAGCUGAGGCAGGUGCUGCCCUCUGUGGAGCGCUACUGCCCCAAGAGGAACAAAUGGAUGUUUGUACAACCCUUCGACCGCUCGCUGUCCUGCCACGCCGGCUGCGUGGCCGACAGCCUGCUCUGGGUCUCAGGCGGGGUGACAAACACAGCUCAGUACCAGAACCGACUGAUGGUGUACGACCCAGAACAGGACCAGUGGCUGGCCCGCAGUCCCAUGUUGCAGAGGCGAGUUUACCACGUCAUGGCGGCGGUGAGGAGGCAGCUCUACGUGCUGGGCGGCAACGACCUGGACUACAACAACGACCGCAUCCUGGUCCGCCACAUCGACUCCUACAACAUGGACCUGGACCAGUGGACGCGCUGCUCCUUCAGCCUCCUCACGGGUCAAAAUGAGUCCGGAGUAGCCGUCCACGAUGACAGGAUCUAUGUGGUUGGAGGAUACUCCAUUUGGACCAAUGAGCCUCUGGCAUGCAUUCAGGUGCUGGAUCUGAGCACAGAGGGGAAGGAGGAGGUUUUCUACGGGCCAACACUGCCAUUCGCCUCCAACGGGAUAGCGACUUGCUUCCUCCCGGCUCCUUACUUCACCUGCCCGAACCUACAGACUCUACAAGUACCCCAUCACAGGAUAGGUGCCGUUUAAAACCAGAGGAACACAAAAAAACAGACAAAAAACAAAAACACAAACACUCUGGGCCAUCAGUAUUUGCAAACGUGGCUCACAAAAACGGACCUGCUCAUAGCGAUCCUGCUGGAACCUGCCAUGUCACGUCACAGGAGUGUACAGGGAUUUCUGUGAGACCUCAUAUGUAGUAACGCUUUCCUGGGAUACAAGAGCCGUGUUAUCCUGCAAGCUUCUAGGAAUCUCAAACAAAACAAGCAGAUGCCACAAUAAUACAGCAUAUAGCUGUUGUAUUUCCCCAAAGACUGAGACAGCAUUCAUCCCUAACUCCUGAAGGGAUUAAAAUCCCCUCAGAAGACGGGAACAACAUGCCAAUCGCAUUACCAAUAAGUGACUUGUGGGAAGCGGACAUUACUGAAUUGCUCAAUUGUUCAUAGGAGUUCAAAGCAAACUGUCCUCUUUGUAACCCGUUAUAAGGGUUUCAAUCACUGAAGAAUAUCUCCAUCAAACCUCUAGAAUCACUUUGGUGGCCUGAAGAACGUGCAGGAUGUGUUUUCUUUCCAACAUAUAGAGGACCGUCUUCUCAUUGGCUCGCAUGCAUUUUGAAAUUGCAGGUUGUGUUGAAGGUGUCAAGAGCCGGAAGCUUAAACAACCAUGUCAUUUUUUUAUUAACAUUUAAAUAAGGUGGUAAAAAAAAAAGAAAAAAAAAAGAAUACUUUUCUGCAUCAGCAGUGACACAAAUGAGUGACAUUGCUCAGGACCCAAGACUGUUUAUGUCUGUCAUCAUUCAGAGAAUAUUUCCCCCCAAAAAAGUGUCUAUACAAUGUUAUGUAACACACCAUUGUGCUGAUUUAAAAAAAGAUAUAUAUACUUUAACCAAAAGAAAGGAAACAUCCCUCUGCACUUCCCUCUUCUGUCCAAAACAUGUGUGAAAGAAUAUUUAUGGCACAUUUUCAGAAUAAAGAAGCAACAUGAAUUUAUCUAGAAUGUAUUCUAUAAGGGCUGUUAUUAAUAGCUAUGAUGGGAAGAAGCUGAAUUAUCCAGCAGAUUACUGAACGCUAACUCAAAGCAUCACUUCUACUGCCUUUCUGUCGCGCCUCCAUCCCCCUCCAAUAGCGUCGGUGCAGCAGUCUGCUGCUCCGAUGAAGGGAUGCAUGCAUCAACAUUUGAUGAGGCUGGAAAUGACUAGCGAUGACAGAAAAUAGGAUUUGGUGAUUGUGGGAGACGGGAGUGAGACUUCAUGUGAUUCGGUGUAAACUAAAGUCGGAUCGUGAGAGAUUGCUGUGACUUGGAAGGGCGAUAGACAAUUGGAACAAACAGUACUCCUCUCUUUCACUUUUUUUUUUUCUUGAUACUGAACUCUCUGGCUCUCCCACGACUGUCAUCAAAUCUGUAACUCAGAGUGCCAACCGCGUAGAGACAGAUCCGGCACCUGAUGGUUAUAAGCACGAAUAGUCUGUGUGCUGCCUUCGGUGCACGCGCUCCUCACUUCUCUCACUACGGAGCUGAAAUGAAACGAUGGAGAGACCCAUGAGUGUAUUUGUAUUUACUGUCACAUUUUAUUUCGUUAAUAAUGCAUCUUCCAAAAUGCAAAGCUGCACCUGUUUUUUUUUUUUACAAUAUGUACAUUAUAUCCAACCUGGUGAUAUCAUGCUUAUAGUCCAUGAUUGGAACAUAUUCUUUAAAAAGGGACAGUUCACCCCAAAAUCUUACCUGUUGUGCUAUUUAUCAAUGUAGAAUGUUUUGGUGGGAGUGGCAGAGCGUUGGAGAUACGGGCCGUAGAGAUGUCUGCCUUCUCGCCAGUAUAAUUGAACUAGAGGCCACUCUGCUUGAUGUGUUCAAAGCGUCUCUUUCCAGAAAUCAUCACCCGGUUAAUCAAAAUAAUCCACAGUUCUUGUUGU